AUGGACGUCCCCGGUUUUGCUUUGAUCACAGGAGCAGCUUCAGGCAUUGGUAGAGCAUGUGCCAACGCUUUCGCUCAAGAAGGUUCCGCUGGUAUUGCUUUACUGGAUCUCAAUGCAGAAGCUCUGAACAUCGUUAAGGACGAGAUCGAAGCUCAAAUCAACAAGAAACAGACAAAUGGGGACGUGCGCGACCGACGAAUUGACUUGCUCGUAUAUCCUAUCAACAUUACCGAUGAAGCAGAGGUCAAUCGCGUCGUAAGCGAUGCAGCCAAGAAGUUCGGCAGACUGGAUUACGUCGUGAACGCCGCCGGAAUAGCUAUGAAACAUGAAGGGGGAGCCGCCUUCGCUGCAACGAAUGAUUGGCAACGCAUCUUGGAUGUCAACAUCAACGGCACAUUUUACGUACUGAGAGCGGCUGCGCAGAUCAUGCUGAAACAGGAGCGGAUACUGUCUAGCUUAGACGGUCGGCCUCUGCAGCGUGGUUCCAUCGUCAACUUUGGUUCAAUUCAGGGCGUGGUUGGUAUCACCUUGUCCACAGCAUACACAACGACAAAACAUGCAGUUAUUGGGCUUACUCGCACGGCAUCUGAGGAUUAUGCUCAGGAUGGACUACGCAUCAAUGCUAUCUGUCCUGGGUACACAGAAACACCUAUGACGACGAAGAACCCGCAGGUGUUGAAAGCGAUGGAAGAGAGGGUGGCAAGUGCGGUGCCGAUGCAGCGGAUGGGCAAUGCGAAGGAGAUUGCGGACGGAGUUUUGUACCUCGCAGGCGGUCGAAGCUCGUUUGUUACCGGCUCAGCACUUAUGGUUGAUGGAGGAUAUACAUCACGGUGA